ACACCGAAGGAAUGCUUCGUAUACACAUGGCUGAAUGAAAGCAAUAGAAACGAGAAAUAUUUACCACGCGAAAGACACUGUGACAGCAGUCUUUCCACAGGAUGGUACAAAUUUGGAGGAGGAGCUGGUAUCAAACUUUCGACAACAUGUUAUAAUGGUCCAAUAUGUGGAACCACUGCCCAUGGGUGGUUGAGUGGUGGUCAUCCUACAGUUGCUGAAGGCAAGGAGAACAGUAUUAUGUGUACAAAUUGA